UAUACCUCGAACAAUUUUAGUAGAUACCACUUCAAUAUGAGCAGAAGUAGAGUAAAUACAGAUCAAAGUCCAACACAUCCCCACCGUCGCUUUGCAUUACCUUUCAGGAGCUCACUUAAUGACUGGCGCAAACCUCACCUACCUCUCCCUCCUCCUCCUCCUCCUCUUCCCUCUAGGUCUCCUCGUCGUCCUCUACCUUAUAACCCGGCCCCGUCCCGCCAGGGUCCCGAUCAAGAACCGCCACGUGUUCAUCACAGGCGGAUCGAGCGGGAUCGGGCUUGCCCUGGCCCAUCGGGCGGCGUCGGAGGGCGCGCGCGUGUCGAUCCUCGCGCGGUCCAUUGACAAGCUGGAGGCGGCGAAGCAGGAGAUCCUGCUCUCCACGGGGAUCGACGUGGCGGUGUUCGCGGCAGACGUGCGGGACUACGACGCCCUAUCGAGGGCGGUGGAGGAGGCCGGGCCCAUCGAUGUGCUGGUGGUGAAUCAGGGGGUGUUCGUGCCGCAGGAGCUGGAGAGGCAGGGGUUGGAUGAGGUGAAGUUCAUGCUGGACGUGAAUUUGAUGGGGGCUUUUAACAUGGUCAAAGCUGCUUUGCCUGCCAUCAAACUUCAGCGGAGGGACCGUGGCCCCGGUUCCAUCGCUCUCAUGUCUUCUCAGGCCGGUCAGGUGGGUAUAUACGGCUACACAGCGUAUUCCGCUAGUAAGUUUGGGCUCCGGGGUUUGGCAGAGGCUUUGCAACAAGAGGUCAUUGCCGAUGACAUCCAUGUCUCUCUUAUAUUCCCUCCAGACACUGACACUCCCGGUCUAGUCGAAGAAACCAAGAUAAGGCCACAGCUCACCAGUAUCAUUGCAGCCUCCUCUGGUGCAAUGAAAGCUGAUGAAGUUGCCAAGAGAGCUUUAGAUGGCAUCAAAUCCGGUAGCUUUAUUAUCCCCUGCAACUUUGAGGGUCUGUUGCUGUCUAUAGCAACUGCUGGUUUCUCCCCUCAGAGAUCAGUCCUGAUGGCAUUUGUCGAGAUUGUUGCUGCUGGUAUCACCCGCUUUGCAGCUCUAUGCUUCCUGUGGAACUGGUAUGGAAGCAUAGAAAAGUGGCACGCAAAACAACAUUGAACCUAUGAUUCAUGAAUACCUUGGAUGGCGGUUGUCAAUUGUGCCGGUCUCUCGCACUCUCAAGUUUCUGGGCAUUGCAGUUAUGCCAUGUUGCCUUAAUAGAGAUUGGGCACCAUCUUCCUUUCGUUCCCCAUUCAUAUUGAUAUGUCAAGAUCGAAAGCACGUGGGGACUAAAGUCACUUUGUAGCAGUUUACGGCUUCUUGUAGUCACAAUUUUGUUUUGAUCGAACUCACUUCAUUCUGUUAUCAAUCAUUGCAAAACCAGUUUAUCGAAUGUUAUCUGCUCAUCGAGAACAAAUAUACUUUGUGCCAUAGAAUUUUACUGUAA